AUGAUAGAUAUAUUUUUAAUAAUUAUAAGAGAUUAUAAAUUUUUAGAGAGUUUUAGAGAUAAUUGUUGUCUAAUAGAUAUUUUCGAGAAAGACAGAAUGGUUGUAAUAAAUUAUAACUGGCUUUUUCCGAGAACCAACGACUACGGCCAACUAAUGUUGCGAUGUGCAGAGCUAACCUUUCGAGCUAUGUUAAUAUGGCCUGCUUCAGACAAUCACAAAGUCUUGAUUGGUUCCUGCAUUAUUAUAGUAUGCCUUAAUAUUUUUGUCUUCUAUGGAGUACUGACAUACAUGAUUAAAAAUAUAAACGAAUUUGAUAAAGUUACAUACGCAUUAUUUAUGAUUUUACUUCCUUUGCUGCCUAUUCUUAAAAUCCCAGUAAUUUGUUAUAAGUCUAAACAAUUUAGAAAUCUAAUAAAUAAUAUACAUGCUAACUUCUGGCCAAGUAAUUUAAUGGAAACAACAAAUAAAAACGGAUUUAAUGGAAUAUACAUGGCAGGUUUUGGUAUUAUGACAGCGAUGUUUGUUGUAGGUGGAAUUUUUACCAAUGCAAUUUGGAUUCAACCGUUAUUUACGUCUGAGAAAAACUUACCGUUUCCAUGCGGAUUUCCUUCUGACUGGUCUAACGGAUUGAUAUAUCCAGUAAUAUAUGUCUUACAAGCAAUAGCAGUAGCUGUAACAAUGUUUGUAGGUGCCAUAGCACCGGAUUUUUUAAUACUGGCUAUAUGCUUAUACACAUCCAACCAGUUUUACCUUCUACAAAAAUGUUUCUUGAUUUUUAAUACUGAUGAGAUGGAGGAAGCGAUUAAAAAAAUAAGAAAAGUUACUAAAGGAGAGGAAAAUGUUUCCGAUUUUCAAAGAAUUAUAGCGUAUACGUACACUAUCGGUUUUAGUAUGCAAUUAAGCAUUGAUUGUGUCACUGGCAACGAAUUGUGGUAUCAGGCGAGUUUAUUACCAAGUUGUCUAUUUCAAAGUAAUUGGAGAACUUUAGAAGAUACGGUCAAACGAGAUACGUUAUUUGUUUUGCAGCAUACUCAAAGAAUACCACAAUAUACUGCUUACGGUCUGUAUGAUUUAAACAUUGCGUCGUACAUUAAGACAAUUCUAAAAUUACCUGUAGUGGCUUACAAAUCCAAAGAAAUAAAACAUUUGUUGGACAUGAUAUCGACCAAUUUCUGGCCUAGCGAUAUGUUAGAUAAAACCAAUAAAAACUCAUUUAAUGGUUUGUAUAAUGCUGGAUUUAACUUUAUGAUACUAAUGGCUAUCACAGGCCAGAUAUUUACGACAGUUAUUGUGGUGCAGCCGGUAUUUUUUUCAGAACGAACCUUACCAUUUCCUUGUGUCUUGCCAGUUGAUUGGUCUAAUACGUACAUAUAUAUACCUGUAUAUAUCAUACAAGUAAUAGUUAUGCAGCUGGCAGUCUGUGUUAGUGUUUUAGGAACGGAUUUCUUAAUCCUUGCUAUCUGUAUAUAUACGGCUAAUCAGUACUAUCUACUGCAGAGAUGUUUUCUCGUAUAUAACACCAGUGAAAUGAAAGAAAUUAAUCAGGAAUUAAGAAUAUUGAGUAAAGACGGUAUGAAGCGAUAUGAUAAUUGCUUGGAAAGGGAGUAUCUUUUUCGAUGUGUAAAGCAUCAUACUAUGCUUAUUAGGUUCAACAAAGAUUUCAAUAAAACGUUUAAUCCAAUAGAAAUCGGCCAACUAAUAAACAGUGUUUUGGGCGCAAGUUUAAUACCAGAUUGCUUAUUUCAAAGUAACUGGAAAGCACUUGAAAGUAAAGAACUAAAGAAAGACGUUUUGUUUAUUUUACAAAAUACUCAAAAGUUUCCUCAGUUCACUGCUUAUGGUGUUUAUGAUAUGAACAUGACUUCUUUUAUUAAGGUUCUAAAAGUGGCAUUUUCCGCUUACACAUUUCUUAUUAACGUGUCAAAUACACCUAAAAAAUAA